AUUAAGCAACUUGAACUCUCCCUGUGAGCUCAUACGUGGAAAACAGGUUGAGCCAUGUGGGAGGGUGUUGCCCAGUGGAAUUUGUAGAUAAGGAUGCUUUAUACCUGCGUGUGCCCGAGAGGCCAGUUACAUUCUGCGGCUUCCAGAGGGAACGAGCCUCCAGAGGAGUACAGUUAUUCCAUUUUUCUUGUGAGCCAGGUAACACUACUGAGACCGCAAUGGCAUGGUGGAAGGCCUGGAGUGAAGCAGAGGGCAGGUCUGUGGCAGGUACUUUACAUUUUAAUGCUGCACCUGAUGCUCAGACUCUGUACAACGCCAUGAAAGGGCUGGGGACUGAUGAACAAGCUAUAAUUGAUGUCCUAACCAAGAGGAGCAAUGUGCAGCGUCAAGAGAUUGCCAAAUCCUUCAAAGCACAGUUUGGAAAGGAUCUGAUUGAAAGCCUGAAGUCUGAAUUGAGUGGCAACUUUGAGAGGCUCAUUGUAGCUCUCAUGUACCCCCCAUUCAAGUAUGAUGCCAAGGAGCUGUAUGAUGCCAUGAAGGGCGUGGGAACAAGAGAAAGUGUUAUCAUAGAGAUCCUGGCAUCUCGGACAAAAGCGCAGAUCAAGGAGAUAAUCAAGGCGUACAAAGAAGCAUACGGUUCUGAUCUGGAGCAAGACAUAAAAUCAGAAACGAGCGGCUACUUGGAGCAGAUUCUGGUUUGCCUUCUUCAGGGUGAGAGGGACAAUGCCACCCUCUAUGUGGACACAGCCCUGGCUCUUCAGGAUGCAGAGGCUCUCUAUGCUGCUGGAGAGAAGAUUCGGGGCACUGAUGAGAUCCAGUUCAUCACCAUCCUGUGCAAAAGGAGUGCCACACACCUAAUGAAAGUGUUUGAAGAAUACCAGAAGCUGGCUGGUAAGAGCAUAGAAGACUCUAUCAAGAGUGAAACUCGUGGUUCACUUGAGGAUGCCAUGCUCGCUAUUGUGAAAUGCACCAGGAACAUCCGUUGCUACUUUGCAGAGAGGCUGUACAAUGCUUUAAAGGGGGCUGGCACCGAUGAUGGGACUCUGAUAAGGGUGCUUGUUUCUCGAAGUGAAGUUGACCUAAAUCUUAUCAAGCCUGAAUUCCAGCGCAUUGCAGGAAAGCCUCUCUCCACUAUGAUUUCGGAGGAUACCAGCGGCGAUUACAAGACAGCCUUGAUGAAUCUCUGUGGCAGUGACUGACAGACUCUAGGAGGAAGAUGCUGAAAAGGAUACAUAGAGAAGAUUAACAGUGAACAAGGCUCUGAAAAUGUACUUGUAGAAAAUCUUUCCAUUGAUCCAAGUGGGGGUGAAAAGAAGAUCAAAUUAAUGGCUGAGAUUUCCAAAGCUCUCUGAGGGAUGUGGAUGCUCAUUACACACUGAAUGUUAUCCACUUCCCAAGCACAGGGGGGAAUGUUAAUUUCUUGUUUCCAUUUUCUUCUUUGAAGUUUUCCUUGUAUCUUAACCCAUGGUGAAGGAUGGCACUUGACAUGGAAUUAAAGGUUCUUUUAAAUCCUC